AUGAGUUGUAAUAUAAAGAAGCGCUCGUGUGAUGUGAAUAAAUCUGAGGGAGAUGAAAAAUAUUGUAGUAAGACAAAAAACAAAUCUGUUUGUAGAUACAUAUCAAAUGGAGGAAAUAAUAAUAUGUUGAAGAGAAGAAAAUGUAAUGUUGUGGGAGAGAAAGAAAAGUAUGAUGAGCAAAUAUUUAUGGAGAUAAAAAAUUUGUAUACGAAUGAUAAUAUAACUAAUGAUAAUAUAACUAAUGAUAAUAUAACUAAAGAUAAUAUAACUAAUGAUAUGAAUACAGAAUAUAAUAAUUAUAAUGAUAGAUUAUGUAUAUCCUUCAAUGAUGUUGUAUCAUGUGAUGGGAAUAACAAAGAUGAUAACUUUUGCUGCAACAUAUUAUAUGAAGAAAUGCAUAAAAAGGAAGAUGAGAAUAAUGUUUAUACAAAUGAAGAUAAUAAUUUAUGUACAAGUAAUAUAUUAUGUAAUGAGAAAAAAAAUAUUAUAUUUAAAAAAAGAACAAAAGAUAAUUUAUACGAGAAGGUGCAUUCUAAAUCUUAUAAUAAUUCUUUAAAAAAGAAUAAAAUAAGAAGAUUAUUAAAUGAGGAAUAUUUUAGAAAAUAUUCUCAUGAAAUGGAUGUAUAUAACACAAAAGAUUAUUGUAUAAAUGAAGAAAAAAAAAAUAUAUAUAAUUAUUAUAGUGUUGAUAAAAUUUUUGAAAUACCAUCUGAUUAUAAAAAUAAAGAUAAGGGGUAUAACAAUAUGGAAAGGAUCAAAAGUAAUAAAAGCAAUAUAAAUAAUAGGAUAGAGAGAAAUUUAAAAAAAUGUAACAAUAAUAUGGAAAAGGAAAAGGAUGACGCAUUUUUUUUUAAAUGUUCUGAUAAUAAACAAUUAUGUGAAGUAUUAUUAGAUAAAGAGAAUCAUUUUGAUGAAGAGCAGAAAUGUAAAAUAGGAAAUAUAAAUGACAAUAAUUUAAAUGGAAAUAUAAUAAAAUAUAGGAAUACAUCUAUAAUAGAAAAUAAAUCAAAUCUGUAUAACAAGGAAUGUAAUAUAUUUAAUAAAAAUGAUAUAAAUUUUGAUGAAUGUAACAUAAGUGUAUAUUCUAUCGAUAAGGAUAAAAAAAAAUAUUUUACACAUUAUAAUAAUAAUAAUAAUAAUAAUAAUAAUAAUAAUAAUAAUAAUAAUAAUAAUAGUCAGCAUCAUAAUAAUUAUAUUAAAUGUUACUACAAUAGUAGCUCUAAAAGAAGUGGGACUAUAGAAAGUGUAGAAAAUGUUAAAAAUAUAAGAGAUAUGAAAGAUACUAUAUACGAAAAGAAGAAAAAAAUAAAAAGUAUCCAUAACAAGAUUUUACGUUUAAUAAAGGAAGAUAACAAAAAAUGUGUGCAACAUGUAAUAAAUGAUAAUUUGUACGAAAAAAGUGAUAAGCAUAUAAAAUAUGAACAAAAUGGAGAUAAUAAAAAGAAAGAAUUAUAUAUUAAUGAUAGUGUGGAUGAUAAGGAUUAUAAAAAGGAUGAAGAUGUUGUGGAAAUAAAUCAAAGGGAUAAUGGAAAUUAUGUAAGAGAUACAAAAUGGAAUAAUAAAAAAAAUAAGAGUUUUAAUAUGUAUAAUAAUAAUUAUGUUGAUAAUAUUGAUGGUGAUAAAAGCUGUUAUGAUCAUAAAAAGUGUGCUAAUAAUAUUGAUGGUGAUAAAAGCUGUUAUGAUCAUAAAAAAUGUGAUAAUAAUAUUGAUGGUGAUGUUGCGGAAAUUAAUAAAAGGGAUAAUGGAAAUGAUGUGAAAAGUACAACAUGGAAUAAUAAAACACAUAUGGAUUGUAAUAUAUAUAAUAAUAUUUAUUUUAAUAAUGAGGAUUAUAAUUUUGAUGAUGAACAUAUAAUACUUGAAGAAGAAAUUAAAAAAAGAAAUAUAAUUUUGGAUGAACAAAUCAAAGAAUGUGCAAUUUGUAUAGAUAAAAAAAGUGAGAAAGAAAAAAUGAGAUGUUCCACAAAAAGGUAUAAAAAAGUAAAUUUAAGUCACACGUUUUUAAACAAUAUUAAGUUAAUAUAUGAAAGGAAAGAUUUAAAAGAAAAUCAGAAGAAAUAUAUAUUAAUUGUGAAUAAGAAAUGUCUAGAGAAAUAUUCUUAUUUUAAUACUAUUGUAAAUACUUAUUAUAUAGGAAAAGAAUGGAUAAAAAUGGAUAAAUAUAUAAAUUAUAAAUUAUCUAAAAUAUUAUUUUGUAAUAAUAUAAUAAAGCAGAUUAAUAAAUAUAAUUUUAAAAAGAUUAUGAAAGCUUUAGAUUUUUAUGGAUAUUCAUAUGAUACUAUUUUUUUAAAGAAUUUAUGUAAUAAGAUAAUAAUAAAUAAAUGGUUAAAAAAUGAUAUUUUUUUUGAAAAGAUAUUAAAAAGUAAAAGGUUUUUAAACGUUGGAUUAUUUUAUGAUUUAAUAUAUAAUUUUUUAUAUAAAAAUAAUAUAUUUCUUAAAUAUUUUUUUAGUUUCUCUGGAGGCAGAUUUAUCAAAUCAUUUAUAAAUUAUAACAAAAAUAAAGCACUCAAAUUAAUUAAUAAAAUUAUUAAGAAUAUUAAGGAUUUAAACCCUUGUACAAAUUCGGUAAUAGACUUUCUAUGUGGAUUUUAUUCAAAUGAUGAGAAUGAGAUGAUCAAAUAUUCCAAAUCAUCCCGAAGGAAUAAUUUGUAUGGGAUCAAACAUAAAGAUAUAAAUAUUCCGAAGAAAAUAAAUGGUAGUAGAAGAAAAUCGAGUGAUACUUAUCUUUAUAUGAAGAAUAAAAAAUACAACAAAAAGGUUUUAAGAAACAUUUUAAAUAAUGUAUGGUUAAAAACAGAUAUGUUUAUAAAGGAAAGUAUUUAUUAUGGAGCAAAUUUUUCUCUUCAAAAUAAUAAUUUAAGAAAAAAGAAGAAAAAUAUACAUAAUAUAGAAAAAAUAGAAAAUUUUCUAUAUCAUAAUAGUGAUAGAAGUUAUUCAACCAUCUGUACAAAAAGCCCCAAUGAAAAAUUUUAUAAAUAUGAUAUAGAUAAAAAUAUAGACGAUGAAUAUUUAGAUGAUCAUAGUUCUAUAGAUGAUGAGAAGGAUUUAGAAAAUGUAAUAAAUAAUUUUUAUUCAUCUAAUGAACUUAAUAUAAAUUUUAAUGAACAUAUGAGUGAAUCAUUCAAUCACUGUAUAUAUAAUCAAUCAGAAAAUGUAAAUUCGGAUAAUAAUAUUCCAGAUGAUUCUGAACAAUAUGGAGAUGAUUAUAUAGGAAGCCACGGUAAUCAUAAUAAAACGUUUCAAUCAUUUCAGGGGAUACCUAAUAUGGCUUUUGAUUUGUAUACUCAGGACAACAAAAAUAGACCACGGGGAGAUAAGUUCAUAUCAUUAUGCUUUAAAGAAGAGGAAACAUGUAACACCAACAAAUAUGUUAAAGAUAUCUCUUUUUUAGGUAUAGGGGUAAGAUCAAAGGAAAAUAAAAUAAAUGAUUUCAACUGCUUUAAUAUUAAUUUAAAAUUAAUGAUAAGAAAUAAUUUAUUAAGUAAAAUAAAAUGUAACAUUUCGAAAAGUGGGAAAAAGAUAUCUCCGUUUUUUCCUGUAUGGCCUAAUAUCCCUGACUUUUUUGGAUAUAAAAUGUUUAAAAAUAUAAAGAAGGAUUUCAAGAGGAUGCAAAAAAAUAUUAAAAUGAAAAAGAAGCAAAACUCAUUAGAUAUUAUAAAUAAUAAAAAGAAAUAUAAGAACAUAAUAAGUGAAGUUUAUGAAAAGGUAGGAACCUUUCAAAAAAAAAAAUUUAAUGAAGAAGAAUAUACGUUGCAUAAGAAGAACAACAAUAAUAAUAAUAAUAAUAGUAAUAAUAGUAACAAUAGUAACAAUAGUAACAAUAGUAACAAUAAUAAUAGUAGUAAUAUAAAAUUAUAUAAUAUAAAUAAUACGAAAUCAAUAAAUAUCGAUGAAAUAAAAUUAAAAGAUCUUCAUUAUAUAUUAAAUAUAAAAAUAUAUCCUAUAAGAACUUUGCUAUUAUAUAUAUUAUAUAAUUCAUUUUUUAAAGAUUAUAAUAAUGAGUUUAUUGAAUUCUUUUGUAAUAGUAUAAAUAAUGAAAUAAGAGAAUGGUUAUUACUAUUUUUAUUACCUAAUUUUAUACAUAAAUCUAUACAUAAAGUUACAUACCCGUUAAAAUUAACAAAAAAUAUAUUCAGUGAAUCUAGUGAAUUUUAUGAAGAUUUUUUUUCUAAUGAAUAUUUAAAAAUGAAUGAUAUCGAAAAAAUUAUCAUAUAUACAAAAAAUUGUAAUGAAGAAAAUUCUGAUAUUUGUCCAUUCCUUUUUUGUUAUCUAUGGUUAAAAUCAAAUGAUUACAAAAUAGAUAAAUGGAUAAGUUCAAAAAUUAAUGAAAUAUUAUUUACAUUUCCUUAUGCAAACUUUUUAUUAAGUAAAUAUUUUUCAAACUUUUUAUUAUUCAUACAAUUAUUUCGUACCUCUCUAGAUGUAGAUCAUAUGUAUUUGUGUAAAUCUCAUUUCUAUGUUUCUCUCAAACAUAAUAUUUCCUUUAUACACGAAUCUUUGGUUAACGUAUUAUUUUCAACAACAAUAUAUCACCCAUAA